CUUGUGACUUGAAAACCAGAAUCACGACAACGCUCUUUACGACCAAAAAUCAUUACAUUCCCUUGAUCAGCUGUCAUGAUGUCUGCCGAAAAGCGUCCAGCAGGAGAGGACUUUGGGUUUUCCCAAAUGGUCGUAUCGAAGAGACCGAAUCUUGGAAAAGAUAGCAAAGCUGUAGCUGUUGUCAACGGGUCUGGAGCAAAUGGCGCGCUCAUACAAGCGGUGCCGCGAACUACAGGCUUGCAAGCUCCUGUUAUGGAGUUGACUGGACAUUCUGGGGAGGUCUUUUGUGCAAAGUUUGACCCCAAUGGCAAUUAUAUUGCUUCAGGAUCUAUGGAUCGAUCAAUCAUGCUAUGGAGAACAUUUGGCAAUUGUGAAAACUAUGGCACGCUGGUUGGUCACAAAGGAGCAGUUCUGGAUCUGCACUGGUCGCGCGACUCGCGAGUCUUGUUCUCAGCAUCUGCAGAUAUGCAUCUAGCAAGUUGGGAUCUGGAGACUGGAAUGAGGAUACGACGGCACGUUGGACACGAAGAGGUGAUCAACAGCAUGGAUAUCAGCAAGAGAGGAGAGGAGCUUUUGAUCAGUGGUUCAGAUGAUGGUUAUAUCGGAAUCUGGGAUCCUCGGACGAAGAAUGCGGUCGAUUUUAUCGAGACGGAGUUUCCAGUGACAGCAGUGGCCCUGGCCGAAGCAGGUAACGAGCUUUAUUCUGGAGGAAUUGACAAUGAUAUCAAGGUCUGGGAUAUGAGGAGAAAAGCUGUCGUUUACUCGAUGCUUGGCCACACGGAUACCGUUUCUUCACUUCGGAUAUCUCCAGACUCUCAGACGCUUCUGUCAAACUCUAUGGACUCCACUGUACGAACUUGGGACAUUCGACCUUUUGCCCCAACAGAACGACACAUUCGAACGUUUGAUGGAGCUUCUGCUGGUAUGGAGAAGAAUCUAAUCACGGCUAGUUGGAGCUCUGAUGGGAAGAGAAUCGCUGCUGGUUCUGCUGAUGGCACCGCAACAGUCUGGAAUAGCGAGACGAGCAAGCUUCUCUACAAGCUGCCAGGACAUCGUGGAACCGUCAACACAGUAGAAUUGUCACCAUCCUCCGACCCUAUUAUUCUCUCUGGAAGCUCGGAUCGACGACUUCUUCUCGGUGAGUUGAAGUGAGUAUGAUUGCGGCGGUUCUUACGAGGGCAUGAUAUAUACCCCACACUACGAAAAGCGCAGAUGGAACAGGAGUUAAAAGGGUUCUUCUGGAAAAACAUUGGACCGAUGAGAUGCGGUCUGACAUUUCUGGAGUUGGGAGCCGUGCGCAACUCCUUGACUCCUUGGUUUGAUAUCUGCGGAUCUUCUGGAGUGCGCAAAUCAUCAUUGCAAAACAGAGGAGAUUCAUGCAAUGUUUUGCACCAAUUGAUGUGCAGUCUCGGGCUCCCGGGAAGCAGUAAUGAUAGAUUAAACAUGAUCGACAGGACAUAAUUCCAUUUGGCAGAGCAUGCUUGGUAUCCAUCGGUACCGGCCAGAAUGAAAUGUAUUACCAGG